AUGCAUAGCCUCAACAGUCUCAUAUCCCUUCUCCUCCUCACUGCCACAUUUCUCGCCUCCCAAAUUCCCUUUACGAGCGCUACUCCUCUGCCCCGCGCGCUUUCAAUUCCUCCUGCACCCGCCGACCCUCCCAAACCUGCCGAUGGCGACGGCAUCGGUCCCUACAACUCCCAGGACGCAGGCAUCCGCGACCGACUUGCCAAAACCAAAUUCUACGCCGUCGCCGUGGCCGCCGGAGAGCUUGGCCUCGUCAAUGCCGAGCGCGGCAUGCGGCACUACCUUGGCAACUCCGGCAAUGACCUGAACGUGCCCCCGGAAUCCAUGAUGAGCGGGCUUUCCAAGCUCCGGGACUCGGUCAAGGCGCUUGCGCAGAACGAGGCCGCGGCUGCCUACAAGAGCAUCUCAGGCGCGAGUGGAGAGAAGGCGUUUCGGAGCUCCUGGAAGAACUUUUACGCCACCAAGGAUCAGAGCUGGGAUUGGUAUUUCGCCAUUGGCGGCUUUUCGUACAGCGUCACCGGCGUUGUGACCAAAGCGAGUGGUGGUGGGUCGCUGAAGUACCGUGUUCAUGUCUUUGACAGGUACAACUGGGAUGCGGGCAAGUCGGUGGAUAUUGGACCGUUCCACUUUGAAGACACGGAGCUGGGUAAUCUGCAUUUGAAGGGUUUAGCGAGGGAGUAUACGGUUCGCGGGUCGAGCGCGGUGAAUGAGGUGAAGAAAUUUACGCCAACAACUGUGAUUCCACCGCCUAGCACUGGAGGUAGAGGGUGA